AUGAACGGCACCAACAUGCCCGCCCACCAGGUGCCGUACUACCCGACCUUCGCCAAGGUUGUGCGGGUGUCAAAGCCAGUCAGUCGUGGCUGGUGGCACAACCCAUUCACCGGCGAGGCCGAGUGGUGGUGGCGAAGCACGGGUGCGUGGGAGGUGCGGUCAGCAUCGCAGGAUGUGGGCAUGAAGGCCUGGGCGCUGCUGUCGGCCGCAGUGGGCCGCGUACCACCCGCACCACCGCCCUCACAAUGACAACGACAACAACAACAAAGGCAGAGGGGCAGGAGGGCAAGAGAAGUUACCUUAGAUAGGUCGAUAGACAGAUGGAUGGGCCGCCUCAUCCAAGUUGGCUGGUGGUAUUUUUUCUCAUUGCUCGCUUCGCUUACUCUCUGCCUCCUUCUUUCUGUCAUGUGCAUCCUGAUGUUUUCUCAUAUUAUGCGUGUGUGUGUGUGUGUGUGUGUAUUUUUAACGCAUCCAUCCAUCCAUCCACCCACGUGCAUUGCAUGAUGGCGGCCGCUACGUGCACCGUACCGCAUCUGUGUGAGAGAGUGAGAGCGAGUACCUCUUCCUGAGUUGUCUCUUCCUCCCUCUACUUAAGGCCUUCCUCUACUCCACUUCCUACCUCUCCUCCCUCUACCCUCACCGUCACACAGGGUCGAUGCCUGUUAGUCCAUGGUACGCGACGAACUGAGGCAGGAAGAGCACAUACAUCCUUCACGUGUGGUGGCAUGUGUGUGUGUGUGUGCAGCCAUACGCGAGACCACUUGCAGCCAAUGUUCAUGGCCAUCGCGCCAUGGUGCCUUCUGCGGCCACCACAGGCCGUCAGCUUAGGGCCCUUCUCGUCUGGGUAAGUACCUAAGCAUACACCAAUACCCUGACACGGAUACAUGCAACACCGAUAGACAGGCAGACAGACAGACAGAGAGGGACAUCGGCCGACCUUUAGGAAUCUUUUUCUGUCUCCUUUGUGUGCAGGUAAGUAAGCCGCCCCUUCGUGGGUGGUCUGAAAGCCUUGGCGGGGGGGCCCCACGUGACGCGACUGUCGAUAACCAACCAGUCGCCAAACACGUCUCCCUCGAAGCCCCCGUCCAUCCACCGGUGAGCAGCCCGCAGUUUGCCAACACGCCCACCCCCUCACCACGCCAUGGAUGUGUCUGUCUCUUUCAGGUCGCUGCUUGUGGAGGCCCGCAGGCAGAGCGCCCCAGCUCCAGCCUCAUAGCGAUAUCAGCACCCCCGGUCGACAGGCCUUCGGCGCCCCCAAGUCGCCAUCAGGUGCGACUGCGCCCCCUGGCGCGGCACUCCCGCCGUCAGGCUUCCCCCCUCCCAUGAUCCGAUCCACCCCUCUGCGCCACUGGCCCCCGCUGCACCCCAUCGGCAGCCUCUGAUGCUGCCUGCCCUUCGUUCGUCCCUCAGAAGGU